AUGACAGAGACGUCCCGACCUGCCUUUGCCGGCCGCCGUGCUGUGCCCCGGAGCACUUCCAAUGUGGCUGAGAAUGAGUUGCCCACAGAGGAGCUGACGAGCCUGAGUCCCCGGGGCUUCAACCCACAAGAUUACCUGAACGUAACAGCUGUGCACCUAUUCAAGGAGAGGUGGGACAGCAAUAAGGUGGACCACCACACGGACAAGUAUGACUGCGACAGUCUCAUUGUGCGGCGUGGACAGAGCUUCUACGUCCAGAUCGACUUCAAUCGGCCCUAUGACCCGCGCAGGGACUUCUUCAGGGUGGAGUAUGUCAUCGGCCGAUACCCCAUGGAAAAUAAGGGCACCUACAUCCCGGUCCCGGUGGUGCGGGAGUUGCAGAAGGGCAGGUGGGGUGCCCAGGUGGUGAUGCGAGAAGACAGGUCCGUGCGCCUCAAGGUCCAGCCCUCCCCGAACUGCAUCGUGGGCAAAUUCCGCAUGUACGUGGCCGUGUGGACACCCUAUGGGGUCUUGCGCACCCCCCGGAACCCGGACACGGACACCUACAUCCUCUUCAAUCCAUGGUGUGAAGAGGAUGCCGUGUUCAUGGACGAUGAAAGGGAGAGAGAAGAGUACGUCCUCAACGACAUCGGGGUCAUCUUUUACGGUGAUGCCACGGAAGUCAAGAGCAGAAGCUGGAGCUUCGGGCAGUUUGAGGACGGCAUUCUGGACACCUGCCUGUACCUGAUGGACCGGGCCCAGAUGGACCUAUCAGGCCGGGGGAACCCCAUCAAGGUCAGCCGCGUGGGCUCCGCCAUGAUCAAUGCCAAGGACGACGAGGGAGUGCUGGUGGGGUCGUGGGACAAUGUGUAUGCCUACGGGGUGCCGCCGUCAGCCUGGACAGGCAGCGUGGACAUCCUGCUGGAGUACCGCAGCUCCCAGAGCCCCGUGCGCUACGGCCAGUGCUGGGUGUUUGCCGGCGUCUUCAACACCUUCUUGCGCUGCCUGGGCAUCCCAGCUAGAGUCAUCACCAACUACUUCUCAGCCCAUGACAACAAUGCCAACCUGCAGAUGGACAUCUUCCUAGAGGAGGACGGCUCGGUCAGCAACAAGCUCACCAAGGAUUCUGUGUGGAACUACCACUGCUGGAAUGAGGCGUGGAUGACCAGGCCUGACCUGCCCGUAGGCUUCGGGGGCUGGCAGGCGGUGGACAGCAACCCCGCAGGGAGAACAGGUGAUGGCAUGUACCGCUGCGGCCCUGCGUCUGUGCAGGCCAUAAAGCAUGGCCACGUCUGCUUCCAGUUUGAUGCUCCAUUUGUCUUCGCAGAGGUCAACAGUGACCUCAUCUAUAUCACCGUGAAGAAGGACGGCUCACACUUGGUGGAAGCCAUUGAUACCACCCACAUUGGGAAACUGAUUGUGACCAAACAGCUUGGAGGGGAUGGCAUGAUGGACGUCACCGACACCUACAAGUUCUCAGAAGGCCAGGAGGAAGAGCGACUGGCCCUGGAAACGGCCCUCAUGUACGGGGCCAAGAAGGCGACGUCUACGGAGGGCCGUGACCAACCAAGUGCCGACGUGGACAUGGACUUCGAGGUCGAACACGCGGUGCUAGGCCAGGACUUCACAGUCACCAUCACCUUCCAGAACAACAGCUCCCGCCGCUAUACGCUGUCUGCCUACCUGUCGGGGAACAUCACCUUCUACACGGGCGUGUCCAAGACUGAGUUCAAGAAGGAGACCUUUGAGGUGGCGCUGGAGCCACUGUCCUCCAAGAGAGAAGAAGUGCUGGUCCACGCCGGUGAGUACAUGGGGCAGCUGCUGGAACAGGCCUCACUGCACUUCUUCGUCACUGCCCGAGUCAACGAGACCAGGGACGUGCUGGCCAAGCAGAAGUCCAGGGUGCUGACUAUCCCCACGCUCACCAUCCAGGUUCGGGGCGCCAAGGUGGCCGGUUCCGACAUGGUGGUGUCAGUGCAGUUCACCAACCCUCUGAAGGAGCCACUGCAGAACGUCUGGAUGCGCGUGGAGGGUCCCGGUGUGAUGCUGCCUAUGAGGAAGAUGUUCCGGGAGAUCCGGCCAGGUGCCACGGUGCAGUGGGAGGAGGUCUUCCGGCCCUGGAUGCCCGGGCCCCGAAAGCUGAUUGCCAGCCUGACCAGCGACUCCCUGCGGCACGUGUAUGGAGAACUUGACCUGCAGAUACAAAGGCGCCCGGUGGCCUGAGCG